AAACGCACACAGCUUUUUUCUGCUCAAUUUCUUGGGAGGGAAGAAGAAAGAGAAGAAAAAAACAGGGAAAAAAAAAAAAAAACAGAGCCACGUCAAGCAUUCCCGUCACCGGCGAAUUCGGAAUUGGAAACUUCUGGUGUGGUGGCCGGCGAUGAUGAUUGCCUACUUGGAGAGAUUCGUGCACGAGAACGAUGCGGAAUCGAAACCGGACCGUGACGUUUCGAGUAUUUGCAAUUCCUUAGACCUUCAAGGAAGUGUAGAUGGCGGCAGCAGCGGUGCCGGCAUAGCAGACAAGGAUUUCGGCGGAAUGCAAUCCGUCAGGCCGUUGGCGUUAAUCAGACCGGCAGGAACAGAGGACGUGGCAAGCGUCAUCAAGGCGGCGGGGCGGUCGCCGAACCUGACGGUGGCGGCGAGAGGCAACGGCCACUCGAUCAACGGCCAGGCGAUGGCGGAAGGCGGCCUCGUUAUUGACAUGCGGUCCACCGAGAAAAAUCAUUUCAAACUCGUGACAAUCAAUGGCUCUCGCUAUGUUGAUGUCUCGGGAGGGGCAUUAUGGGAGGACGUUCUAAAACGGUGCGUUAGGGAAUUCGGCCUGUCUCCGAGGUCGUGGACAGAUUACCUCAGUCUAACAGUGGGCGGAACACUAUCCAACGCCGGCGUCAGCGGCCAAACCUUCCUAUACGGACCGCAAACAUCGAACGUGACGGAAUUGGAGGUGGUAACCGGAAAAGCAGAUACUAUGAUUUGUUCGGAGUCCGCAAAUCCCGACCUCUUCUUCGGAGUCCUCGGCGGUCUCGGUCAAUUUGGAAUUAUCACCAGAGCAAGAAUUUUGCUACAUCCGGCACCGGAUAAGGUGAAAUGGAUAAGAGUGGUUUACACCGAGUUUGAGGACUUCACUCGGGACGCCGAGUUCCUGGUGACUCGGCCGGCCGGCGAGUCGUUCGACUACGUGGAAGGUUUUGUGUUCGUGAACAGUGAUGACCCGGUAAACGGCUGGCCACAGGUGCAUUUGGAUCCGAAUCACAAAUUCGACCCGACUUUAAUCCCUCCAAACGCCGGCUCUGUUCUCUACUGUAUCGAGGUGGCUCUUAACUACCGCAACGUUGACCGCCCCGCAACUAUUGAUUCGGCUGUGAGUAGAUUGCUUGGACGGCUUGGAUUCGUCAAGGGACUGGAGUUCCAGGUGGACGUGACCUAUAUGGAGUUUUUAUUACGUGUGAACGUUCACGAGGAACUCGCCAAGGCCAACGGCAUAUGGGAAAAUCCUCACCCUUGGUUAAACAUAUUCGUCUCGAAGCCAAACAUUGCUGAUUUUGAUCGAGCGGUGUUCAAGGAGAUUGUCAAGGAUGGUGUCGGUGGGCCCAUGCUGGUGUACCCUAUGCUGCGAAGCAAAUGGGAUAGUCGGACGUCUGUGGUGCUACCGGAAGGGGACAUUUUUUACAUUGUUGCGUUAUUGAGGUCUACCGUGUAUCCCAAAGGACCCGAAGUUGAAAAAUUGGUCGCGACAAACCGUAAGAUCGUGCAGGUGUGUCGGGAUAAGGAAUUUGAUUUCAAGCUGUAUCUUCCUCACUACCAAUGUCAAGAGGAUUGGGAGCGACACUUUGGAGAUCAAUGGAGCAGGUUUGUGGAAAUGAAGCGGGUUUAUGAUCCUAUGGGCAUACUUGCCCCGGGACAGAAAAUUUUUCAAAAACAGGACUACCCACCAUCAGUCUUAGUAUACCCUUGUUGAUGAUAUGAUCAAUUGUCUUUAUUAGUUCAUCUUGUCAUUUUGCAAAAUUGAAAUUGAUUGAAAGACUUUGUUGUUAAUGUUCUUUCAUGUCUUUGUCAAAAUCAUGGGCCAAUUCAUUAUGGACCGUUCAAGUUACAUUUUACAUAUUCCCAAUCUCAAAAUUGAAUGAUGGUUCAGUUUGAGAUAAUUUUGACUAAAUUCAACUUUACAAU